UAUUCCAGGACUGUGCGUUUAACAAACUGCAGUCUAAUUCAGCGCUCAGUCUCAUUCCAGGGAAACAUGAUGGUCUCUGGUCAUAAUAAGUGUAACCGCUGGUAUUUCAAGUUCAAUGGAAAUGAAUGCAGUGGACCAAUGACGAUUGAGGCUGCUGUUUUCAACUACUGGUUCUCUGGGAACGCUCAUCUGCUUCAUCAUCGGUCAUUUGAGGGGUACUGUGAAAACAUCACGCCAGGCGCAGUUAGAGUGGAAUUAUGGGUAGGAAAGUGUAGUGACCGAACCCUGGGUGAUGCUUACACUGGGUGGGGUUUAGUGCACCGGAUAAUGAUUGAAGAAGUAUCUAGGCCCCAGUCCUAA